AUGUUUUCUCGACGAGUAAGUGUGAGUGCUUUGGAGUUUUUGCGGCGCCAGGACAGAACCGCACGGGAGAUUGUCCUGGACGGACGACUAGCUGAUGACGAAUGUCUGAACGCCCUUCAGGAAUUCCGUCAACUGGAGAAGCUAGCGAUGGUGGAGUGCGGUUUGAAUACGUUGGACAACCUGCCAGCUCUUCCGAAUUUGCGUGUCUUAAUUGUCAACGACAACGGAAUUAAGGAUGGGUUGCAGCGUAUCCCACAGGCUUGUCCUAAGCUGCAAAAGCUGUCACUGGCUGGGAAUCGUAUUGCGGACUGGACCGAGGUGGUGGCGCUGUCGGUGUUGUAA